AUGGAUGUUGAUGUCGAAUCAAAAAUAAAUCUUUCUCACGAAGAGAUUCGCGUGCUUUUACUUCACGAAUUUCGUUUGGGCCACAAAGCAACGGAAGCAGCCAACAACAUAUGCAAUACAAAGGGCCAGAAUCUAGUCUCCACUCGUACUGCGCAACGUUGGUUCAAUCAUUUCAAGAAUGGGGAUUUAGAACUCGACGAUCUACCUCGAUUCGAUAGACCAAUGGAACUGGAUAUGGACCUUCCAAAGCCGCUUAUCGAAGAAGAUCCUCGAUUGACUUUACGGUUUUUAGCAGAGCAGCUUAAGUUUUCUCAUACUACGGUGGAAAAACAUCUGAAUGAGCUAGACAAGACCUGGAAGUACGGAGUAUAG